AUGGAGGAGAAGAAGAAGGACCUGCUCCGGAAGCUGACGAUCGUCUCGAUCCCGUUCGUGUUCGUGGCGAUACCGUCGGUGGUGAUCAUCGUGGGCAUGCUGUCCCCGCACGCGGCGGAGCCCCGGAAUGGGUCGUCGCCGGCGCCGCCGGGGCAGAACCACUCGGUGUCGAUGCUGAGCACGAUGACGGGGGGCCAGAUGAUCCUGAGCUGCCGCGCCGCCUUCUCCGGCAACUGGGAGUACUUCCACUACUUCAUCCUGGACCCGUACAAGCCGCAGCGGGCGUUCUUCCAGCCGCAGGCCGACCCCUACGUCCUCUUCUGCAAGUGGGGCUACAUGGGCAACUUCCUCCAGGACGUCGUCGUCUUCAACAGCUCCGCCGCCUGGGCGCCGCACUGCCGCGUCGACAGCGGCGGCUGCCGCUACCUCUUCCAGGACGGCCACAUGUUCCUCGUCACCGGCAAGCACGGCGACGACAGCGAGGCCCACAGGGUGAAGGUGGUGGAGGAGACGACUGAAGAACAGGCGCCUGCACCUGGUCCGGGUCUUGGUCUUGGUCCUGGUCCGAGUCAGGGUCCAGCUCCGGCACCAGCUCCGGCACUAGCCCGGCUCCGUCUCCGGACGCCCAUUCGCAGGGGCGGGAGAAGACGCUGA